AUGCCGGAUAAUACGGGGAAGGCGACUGGGUGUGCCCCCACCCAAGAAAUUAUGACACGUUCCAAAUCUUGGACUCGCAUCCUCCUGAUUAACUCAGAGACUCGCUGCAUACACGAAAUUGUGGUCAAACUCCCGUCUGAGAUCACAAUGGGAGACGCGCCUUCGGAUCCUGUUAAAGCUCGCUCCAGUUUCCUAUCGAGUUAUAUGAGCAGUCACGCGGACACGCUCGUUGCAUACGUGCUAUACUUUGGCAAAGUCAAAGAAACACCCUCUACAGCUAAAAUGACGAGUAUAGAUCAAAAUAAAAUGGAUCUAUCCUACCAAGUCAAAGGGUCAGAAGAGUGGAAAUCCGUCUCUGUCGAAUUUGAUCCUCCAUUGUCCGGCUACGAGGCAGUAAAACCUCGGCUCAUGCAAAUGAAAGCGGACGCUGAAGAGGGACUUGGAAUGGCCAAAGCCCCUCCGUUGACGACAUUUUCACUCAAACCUGGCUCAUUUCGUGCCCUCCCGGUCCUAUUCAUCCUAGCCGUGUUCUCGUUGGCACCCUACCACGAAAGGGUGAUCACCAAAGAAGAGGUCCCACCUCUUCUCUAUCCACUCCUCCCUCACGCCAACACCGCUCUACACUUUUUGACAA